AUGUUUACAGCGGCGAAUCCAUAUCUCUAUACUACUGGGCGCUGGCUAAAUCAUGACAAGUUACAUCGCGAGGCGCGUCACGUGGAGUUCGACUUUGCUGCGCUCUGCGCAAAGGCCGUGAACGUUUGCACUGGCGCGACAAACGUGGUUCGAUACGAAAAGAAAGAGGGAGGCUUCAACAGAGCCUUUCUUUUGUGUUUAGACAAUGGAGCUCGCGUUGUCGCUAGAGUCCCGUAUCAUAUUGCUGGCCCGCGAAGAUUGACCACGAACUCCGAAGUGGCGACAAUGGCUUAUGUACGCUCAUUCACUAACAUACCUAUUCCCAAAGUUCUUGACUGGAACGACGAUGCAACUUCUAUUGGCACCGAAUACAUAAUAAUGGAACACGCUCUCGGAGUUCAGCUGCACGAUAAGUGGUCUUCAAUGUCUCCUCAUCAGCAUAUGUUGUGCGUAAAGAAUAUAGCCUUCGUGAUGACCGAGAUGGCCAAGCUUUCAUUUCCAGUGUACGGAAGUUUGUACUUUGCUGACGCACCGAUCGAUCCGAAGUUGAAGUCCGACUUUGUCGAAGGUUUCUGCAUUGGCCCUCACUGUGGUACGCAAUACUGGAACUGUAAUGCCGGCGAGGCUAGGUUCUAUGAGGAAAGGUCUCCGAACAGAGGGCCAUGGUCCGACCUCCAGUCGUAUUGCUCUGGCCUGAUUGACGCUGGCUUUUCACGCAUUCCAAAGGUUGACCCACAGGCAAGACUCUCAUACCACGGCUCUGUCAAGGAGCAUCUCCGUCUACUGGACGUUACCAACAGAGUUAUUCAGGAGUUGACUCGGAGCUCAAUCAUCGAAAAAGUGGCCGAUCCAACAUUGCUUCACCCUGACAUUCACAAAAGAAACAUUUAUGUCUCGGAGGAAGACCCUUCUUGUAUUACCGCAAUCAUCGACUGGCAAUCUACUAGCAUCGAACCAGCAUUCGUCUACGCAAAUGAUACGCCUGAUCUAGUUGAAGAUCCUACUGCCGACAUCCCAAUCCUUGGAAACCUGAUGUCGUUGGAGGGUGGGCCGUCAGAUGCGGAACCUUCCAAGGCUUCCAAGGCAACCACGGCGGAGACUCCAGAAGAAGAGGCAGCAAGGAAAAGACAUGAGAAAGACGUCUUAACGUGCCGGAAAACUUUCGAGGUCGUGCUACUAGGCUACAUGCGAAAACUCCACGAUGCAAGGGCCAUGGAUCCAACGCUGCUGAGGUCUAUUCGAUACUGUGAUGUGUCCUGGAGGAUUAGCGCGACAGCCUUGCGGCAGGAGCUAAUCGAUCUCUCACAACACUGGACUGCGCUUGGCCUCCCCGGUCUUUGUCCGUACCAACCAACGUCAGAGGAGCUCGCCGAGCACGCGAAGCAGUAUGAAGAUUUUGAAACUGUCCAGCAACUGAAGUUGUUCCUCAAGCGCGCGCUGGAUGUAGAGUCGGAUGGAUGGGUCCCUGCCAACAAGUGGGUUGCAACAAAAGUGGAGAACACAAAGUUAUUUGGCCAGUGGGUAGAAAGCAUUAAGGAGUCUGGGGGUAGUGAAGACCGUGCCAGAGCCCUAUGGCCAUUUGGCGAAGGCUGCACUUUGCAGACUGGGAUUACGGAAAAUACAUGA